GUUUCGAGUACACGAAUUUCUCUCUAGGGUUCUCUCCUUCGUGAGAAGUAUCAUUCAGCAUUUGAAUUCACACACUUAUUGACUCGUUUUGCUAUCCCUUCCAUUCCGGAGUAUCUGGUUCACGGCCGGACAGAGCAAUUAUGGCGAAUUUACAUCUCAGCGAUGAUUAGGAGGAAAUUUUGAACUUUUCGACAGAGGGGUCCCAAGUGCGUCAAGGGGAUGCCAAUCUCUACUUGGUAGGUCGGUUUCUCACCACUAAACCUAUUCGUACUCACAUGAUGAAGGAACGACUUGCCACAUUAUGGGAACCACAUGAAGGAGUAGCGAUUACAGAAGUUCAGAGAGGUAUAUUUCUUUUUCAGUUCUUCCACAAACUGGAUAUGCAGCAUGUGAGUUUGCACGGCCCAUGGCAUUUUGAUAAUCAUCUUCUGAUUCUGUCACGAUUGGGAGAUGCUGUUAUUCCAUCCCAAGUUCCGUUAUUUUGUGUGGACUUCUGGGUCCAAGUUCAUGACAUUCCGAUGACAUUAAUGACUGAGACGGUGGGAGUUGGCCUGGGAAAUUUUAUUGGUAAGUUUGUUGAGUAUGACCCCAAGAACAAUGAAGGUAUUUGGCGCAAGUAUAUGAGGCUGCGGGUAACUUUAGACGUCCUCAUACCGCUCAAAAGAGGAAAAAGAGUUCAACCUCCUGAUGGUCAAACUCAGGUUGUUCGCUUUAAAUACAAAAGGCUCACUACUUUUUGCUUUUUGUGUGGAUUGUUGGGUCAUUUGGAUAAUCAGUGUGAUAAGCUAUAUCAAAUGGAAGAAGACGAUGGUUUUCGAGGGUGGAAUUCUGAUUUGAAAGUAGAGCGCCGAAAACCAGGGGCACUUGGGAGAUGUAGAUGGUUACGGGAAGACAGAGGGGGGCAAUGGACUAAACAAGGUGUAACAGAGGGCAGUAGUACAGAUCAGACCUUGCAUAAGGAUUUAGAAAAUAAAUGCAUGCUACUGGAAGGCGAGGUGAGACAUAGUCACCACUCAUUGCAAGUCUCAAAAGGUUUGGCUGAAGAAAGCGAAGAAGCGGCAGAGAAAAAGCGGAAACACCAUGGGGAUGAAGGUAAUUCUCAAAUGACGCCAAUGCGAGUUGACAUGCCACAGGAGCUGGAAUAUGAGCAAUCGGCGAGUAAAAAUUUUUUUGGGGUGGGUCCUGGGUACCAGGCCCACCAGGACCAAUGAUUCUGUUAAGUUGGAACUGCCGGGGAUUGGGUCACCCGAGCACAGUUCCAGCACUUCGUGACCUGGUUCGGAGACAUAAACCGGAUAUUAUUUUUCUUUGUGAGACUCUUUGCUACAGUACUAGGGUGGAAGAAGUGCGAAGAUUGAUUGGUUUUGAAGCGUGUUUUUCUGUGGAUAGAGAAGGCAAAAGUGGUGGUUUAGCUAUUCUUUGGAGGGUAGCCAGUAUGGUAGACCUCGUGAACUAUUAAAAAAACUUUAUUAAUGUGCUGAUAAAAGAGGAUGGUUCAGAUCCUUGGAGGCUUACGGGCUUCUAUGGUGUUCCUGAUAGGAGUAGGAGAAGAGAAUCGUGGGAAAUCCUAAGGUCACUUGCUAGCCUUUCAACCUUGCCAUGGUGUAUUGUUGGCUAUUUCAAUGAUAUUUUGACGCAAGAUGAGAAAAGGGGAUGGGUUGAUCAUCCAGCGUGGUUACUACGUGGCUUCAGGGACACUGUGAUAGCAUGUGGACUUGUUGACAUACCUCUAAAAGGUCGGCCGUUUACUUGGGGCCGUUCACUUCACACUGGAGAUAUUAUUGAAGAGAGAUUGGAUAGGGCCAUGGCUACAAAGGACUGGUGGCAACGUUUUCCAUCGUGUAACCUUCAUAAUAUUAUUACCUGCCAUUCCGAUCAUUCACCCAUUUUACUUUCUACUGAAACUAAAUUCAUAAAAUAUGGCAAGAGAAGUUUUAAAUUUGAAAAUGCUUGGCUUUUAGAGCCGGAGCUACCAAACGUGGUGGAGGUAAGUUGGGCAGAUAGUUCUGGUGAAGAUUUGCUUCAGAAAAUCUCUAAGUGCACCGCAAAGCUUGAUUCAUGGGGUCGCCGGCUGAGGAGGAAACAGACUGAAGCUAUUGAUGGGUGCAGGGACAAAUUAACAAGGGUGAUGGAAGAUGAUUCUCCAGAAGCAUAUGAAGAAGCACAAAAACUUAAAAAAGAAUUGGCUAAGUUACUGGCUCAGGAAGAAGCAUUCUGGAAACAGCGGGCAAAGUCUUUUUGGAUGAGGGAUGGUGACAUGAACACUAAGUUUUUCCAUGCGGCAGCAACAAGUAGAAAACAAAGAAAUAAAAUAUGCAUGCUGACUAAGGCGGAUAGCUCGUUGUCAACGUCCAGAGAAGGAAUGUGCAGUAUUGUCAAAGAAUAUUUUUCUGAUAUUUUUUCCUUGGGUGAUACAGAAUAUGGUCCUGUGAUCAAAACUAUUAAACCUUGUGUUAACAAUGCGGCUAAUAAUAUGCUGACUGCUUCCUUCGAGGUGAAGAAUUUAGAACAUCAAUUUUUCAAAUGCAUUCGGAUAAGGCGCCGGGGCCUGAUGGACUCAAUAUAAUCCAGCUUUCUAUAAACGUUUUUGGGAGCUCUGUGGUCAGGAUAUUGUGCGGGCGGGCAGAAUCUGGCUAGAGCAAGGGAGAUUGUCGGACCAGAUUGGAGAUACGAAUAUUGUCCUCAUUCCGAAAUGCGAUUCACCCACUCGGAUGACAGACCUGAGGCCUAUCUCAAUGUGUAAUGUUAUUUAUAAGAUUAUUUCUAAAGUUCUAGCUAAUAGACUUCAAAAAAUUCUCCCAGAUUGUAUCUCUAUGGAACAGUCGGGUUUUGUCUCUGGCCGUAAUAUAUUGGAUAAUGUUGUUUUAGCUAGUGAGAUUAUUCAUUAUAUGAAGUGUAAAACAAGGGGACAAAGGGGAGAGGCUGCUCUUAAGAUUGAUAUUAGCAAAG